AUGUCAAUGCAGGCAGAACUUGGCAUCGAGCUCACGCAUGCUUGGAUGUAUGUCAUCAUUGACUACUUACGCAAGCAGCAGCUGGACCAGAUCUACGACCACCUCGCUAGCGACCAAGAGGCACUGAGUCGUGCGAUUGACUCCAUGAUGCAAGUGACGCGACAGCGUGUGCAAACCAAAGCGCUCGGAGGCCUCUCCCUCGAGGAUUGCCGAAACGCAGAGAAACGGCUGGAAGAGGUCCAAAGGCUUUCGCAGUGCCUGAUUGAGGAGACCCGAGCUCGCACUGCUGAGGAGCUGGCCCGGUACGCUGCCAAAGUCCGAGGAGAGUUCUCUCAAGAGACCCGUGAUGCCGCUGCAUCGUCGGUGCUCGCCCGCGAGCGCUCGCAGACUCCAACUCCACUCGGUCGUUCCAAGUCGCCGCACCAGAGAUCAACAUCUCCCUCUGGAACAUCCACGGGCGCCUUUGGGGGUUACUACUCACCACGGAGCCCGUCACCAGCAGCAAUUUCGCCACGGGAUGGCGGGGCAGAUCCGCGGGCAACUUCCAGCAGCAGGUCUGCGAGGCAACGGUUCCAGGGAGCAUGGAAGGCGAUGAAGCGCCUGGGCAAAGGACAGAAGGAGGCAGAAGUCAGGGACUCAGUGAGAAACCAGUGA